AUGGGUUUGGAGCGCGAACCUCUUGAUGACGAAGUUGCCCAGAAAGUUAUUGAAAAUUGUCCAGUUGAUUCAGGUCUGGUUGUUUUCCCAACAAACAAAUUUGUUGUAUCAAAAUCCCCAACUUUUAAUCCUGGACUCGAUAAUUUAUGCAGAAAUUGCUUUUUAAAUGUUAUUAUACAAUUAUUCACAUUUAAUGAAUUCUUAAAGAUUGAGUACACAAACAUAUUAUCAAUGAUACAAGAAAACUAUUCAACUCCAGAUCAUCCAAACCAAAAUUUACAACUGGCUCAAAUAUUCGCAAAUUACAUUCAUCGUCCAACCGAUCAAAUUUCAUCAGCUGUACAUAUCUUAGACACCCUUAUUUCAGAUACUCAUUACCAACCAAAAGAGGAUGAAGAUUUUGUAACUUUGGAAAAUCCAAUUGAAGCUCUUUCACUAUUUGUUGAUAAAUUAAGUCAAAUUCCAGUCAAUAAUAUAGAUAUAAAUAGUAUGAUAAAAGGUUUAUUCUAUAUAAAUCCCGCUCAAAUCAAAAUUGAAGUAUGUGAUGGUAAAGUUGAAACCCAAAUCGAUAAUUUUCCUCCAAUUUUAUUCGCAAACGUAGUUAAUACAAAUCAAUUUUAUUUACCUUUACGUUUUGACGAACAUCCGGAAUUUUAUUAUGAUUUGGUCGCCGUUAUUUCAAAUCCGGAAGAUCAUUUUACCAUAUACAUGAAAAAACAAAUUCAAUAUGGUAUUAUUUCAACGAUCUCAAUUCAGAUUUCGUAA